AUGAAGCUCCUCAACACCCUCACCCUGUUUGUUGCGGUGGCGAUCGCCGCUCCACGAUCCAACACUAAGCCCGAGGCUCGCUCCGAGAUCUCGGAUGCUGGGGACACUGGUUGGGGCAAGCGAGAUAUUAGCGACGUCGACGUGGACGAGAUUUCUGCGGCUUUGUACACUGGCUGGGGCUCCAUCAAGAGCAAGCGUGACAUCUCGGAUGUUGAUGUGGAUGAGAUCUCCGCCGCUCUGUACACGGGUUGGGGUUCUAUCAAGAACAAGCGUGAUAUUCGAGACGUUGAUGUGGACGAGAUCUCCGCCGCUCUGUACACGGGUUGGGGCUCCAUCAAGAGCAAGCGUGAUAUUAAGGACAUCAACGUGGAUGAGAUCUCGGCGGCUCUGUACUCGGGCUGGGGUGGCAUCUCGAAACGAGAGGAUGCUUAG